AUGCAGCUAGCCCAUCAGGCAAUGACGACCGGGACAAUUUUGACCAAAAGACACAUUUAUUAUCAACAUCAGGAGCUAUUCGAGACACAAAGGGUUGUCGAUGAACUAGUCGAUGAUCUGGCUUACACGCUCGACACUGACCGGGACAACUUGCACAUUACUUCGUCUUCCAAAGGCUCGGUCUCGGGCUGUAUGAUCAUCCAUCUACGUAGCGGGGAAGUCGUAGAUGCCUCGGAAAAUGAACUAGGCACCGCGGUUCCGUUUAGCAGAUCCGUCUCACGGAUAGAAGCUCGCGAUGCCAGGUGGCUGCUUGUAGUCGAAAAAGAUGCGGUGUUUCGGUCCCUCGUCGCGGUCCGUUUCUGGGAAACUUCUCUCGCCGGUAGUGGAAUACUAGUGACGGCCAGGGGUUAUCCUGAUUUGAUGACAAGGAGCUUUCUGACCAAAAUCGAAGCGGAAUGCCCGCAUCUGCCAAUGCUUGUCUUGUCCGAUUUCGACCCUGAUGGGCUCAGUAUCUUCUCAUGCUACCGUUAUGGGACCACAAACUUCUCUCACGAAUCCAGUAACGUCAGAAUCAAUUUCGGCUGGCUUGGAAUACAGUCUGGUCAUCUAGGAACCCUCCACAACAACAGACUGGCGUCGGGAGCUGGCAGUAGUGCGCAAACAGGAGUGUGGUCUGAUAAUUGUUUAGUAAACCUGACAAUCCGUGAUAGACUGUGCGCUUUCCGAAUGUUGCGCAAAAGCUUUGACGCUGGCGAUGGGGACUUUGAGCAAAUACUAAUGCGCCGCGAACUUCAAAUCAUGUUAAUGUUGGGCACCAAAGCCGAGAUUCAGUUUCUCGACGACAGCGGUGAUAUCACGCAUUGGUUGAACAAUGCCCUGCAGAAAGUGCUUGAUAUUAUAUACUAG